AUGGUGAAAUAUACCCUUGCUUGUGGACUGCAAGAAUGUCUGGGCAAUGAAUGGACGGGAGAUAUCUUCAAGGAUUUUAGAAUUAUGGUUGAUGGCUCGGAGUAUUUCUGUCACAAAUUUAUUCUAAGUGCCUGCUCCACUUUCUUUAACACUCUGUUGAGAGCUGAUUUCAAAGAAAAGCAGGAAGGAUAUGUUGUGUUGAAUAAGAUAAGUAAGGAGACGUUUGAUGUUAUCAUCAAUGCGAUAUACAAAGGUGUUGAUGGACUGACCCUGGGCAAUGUGGGCAACGUGUGGCAGGCGACUCAUCUGCUGGACAUCCCAUUUCUAAUACAAGAGUCAACAACAAACACACCAGAAUCAUGGAGAUUACACUUGACCAAACUACUGAUGCAGAAACCAUCUGAUAAAAUCUACAAGUCUCAGAAACAACAGCAGGUUGCCAGAGAUUAA